UCCAACCUGCUUAUUUUUGACAUCAUUGAUCGUUAAUACUUUUCCCCUUCACACCACAACCAACCGUCCGUUCGUGUCGUCGCCUUCUUACACGUCGCCCGAGUUUGUUCAUGUUCGUUCGACCGACCGACCGCUCGUCCACCCACCUGUAGUUAAAUCUGUUCAUGCGACAAUUUUUCCUAGUCGCACAUUAUCUCUCAUACAUCGGGAAACCAUCAUUCAUCUGACCGACACACUGAAACUUCAUUGUCCAAUUUAUAAGUUCACCAAUUAUGAAGGAUUAUAUGUAGCACAUGUCGGUCACAUUGAAAAGGAACUAUCUUGUGUCAAGAGGUUUUAUUCAUACUUCAAGUGCUCUCAAUCAAUCGACUCGAUAACCAGAACUGACAAUACCGACGAUCAUUAUUAUCUAAUGACAUCCAAGGUGGUGGCUUACAAGGUGGAAUUGAAUUACGUCGAUCCAUUGAAAGAAUACCUGAAUGUUGUCAUAGACAAGGAAACUGGCGAAACCAUGGAAAUUUUUGUAGAAAUGGACAAUGAACUCGAUCUGAUCGCCGAACCGACUUUCGAAGAUGUCAUAACCUUGUGGAUUGCCGUCUUACUCUGGGGCGUACGAAUGAUAGUAAAUCAAGCGUUAUCGUACAAAAAAUUCGACUUCAGAGUCACCAAGAAUGUGUACAAGAUG